AUGUUCAAGAUCAAGGACUCCGACAGCUGGUUUUCUGCGGUCUCCGAAGGGAAGGCGAAGCUCGUUGCAGCGUCGGCCAAGUCCUUCAAGGGUUUUCGUAAUGAGAACCAAGAAACUGCUCUCAUCCUAGCAGCGAAGCUCAACCAUCCGGAUAUUGUUGAAGCCUUAGCUGUGCACGAGGCGAGGCACACAGACAGCAAUGGAUAUACUGCGCUUAUGUGGGCAGCUAAGAACGGAGACGCCAGAAUGGUCCGGGCCCUCAUUAAUAGCGAGCGUGAUAUUGUCUUGCCCGAUGGGCGUGAUGCGCUAUCCUUGGCUGCAGAGGCGGGAAAUUUGGAAACCACAAAUGCCCUUGUCCCCUUCUUCGAGCUCGCUAGGCCUUCUACUGGACUUUCGGCUCUUGACUAUGCGGCCCGUGCAAACCAUGGAGAAGUAGUUAAGGCGCUCAUUGCAGAGUUCGAUCCGGCUGUGCACGUACUCGAAGCAGCACUUCGGCAGGCAGAGAUUAUGAACCACGGGGAGCUAGCGUCCUACCUUAGGAGUGUUGUUGACUCUAAAGCAGAUGGAGUUUCCCCCAUAGGCUCCGCGGGUAGUAAUUUUGUCUCUCGCCUAGCAACUCCGAAUACUCAUUCGCCGUGUGCUAGUGUUGUUCCUUUACAGACACACGCAAGCUAUGCAGACUGCGAACGGAUGGCGGCCUAUGCGCACAAGCUUGAGGAUGAACUUAGGGAGGAGCGCAGUAAGACGCAUAUCGAUGCUAACCGCAUUCUAGGUAAGUCAUACACCGACGAGGAUCUUCGCAUGUACAUUGCGACAAUGGAGGCCAAAUUGGAAGCAUCGGAUCGUGAGCGUGUAAAGCUGCACGCAGAGAUCAUGGAGCUUCGUCGGCACUACGGAGAUUCGAAGAAGGCUGGUGCAGGUGAUAUGAAUGUGGUUUCUCGUUCUCUAACCGAGCUUCAAAAGCUUAGAAAAGAAAACUCUGACCUUCAGGAUGUUAUCAAGAGCCAGACUAGCCGCAUAAAUGGUUUGGUUGCAACUAGCAAGCGUCAGAGUGAGUUGUUGCGUAGCAUUAACAAGUCUGGUGCUGAUGGAGAUAGCGCAAUGGGGGCGACCAAGAGUAUGCGUGAGUUACAUAGUCUGGAGGAAAAGUUGCAGGAAACGGACACACAGUAUACAAAACUAAGGAAAGAGCAUGGGCGUUUGCGUGGAGAGCAUGAAGAUCUUAAGGAAAAGUACGAGGAGGCUUGCAAAAUGCUGGCCACCAAAGAAAAUGGCGAAGAUGCAGUAAAGACCCUGAAUGCGAUGGAGUCUAAGUCAAGGGCGGAGCGUCAGAGAAUGAAUGACACGAAAAUGAUGUCGCACCGAAAUAGAAGUAGCGCUAGCCCGAGCCAUCGUGCUUGUGCUGAGCCUAAGAGCAUAAUUGAAUCUCCCAAACGUGGUAGUUCUUAUGGAACGAUGGGACCGCCUAGACGCACCGUUAGCAGGCUGACUGAGCAGAACAUUCCUGUAAUUGCGCCAUCUAGUGGGGAUGCAGAUAGUUUCGCUGCCGCAUUUGAUAACACGUUGUCGAAGACUCCAAAGGACUCCACUUAUAAAACAGCCGGAACAUAUCAGGCGAUAAAGAGUUCCAAGGAAAAAGACAAGGAAAUUGCCCAACUUAAGGAUGAGCUUUUUAAUUGCUAUUCUGCAGACGAGGUUGAAAAGCUGCACCGUGUAAUUGAACUCCGUGAGGCUCAACUCGCAGAUGUUACAAAGGAGCGUGAUGCCUUAGGUGCUUACCUGGAUCGUUACAACACGUCGCAGUAUAAUGCGCAACAGGUGGCAGACGAGAACGACCACUUGAAGCGAAGGAUUGCUGCACGCGACGAGGCCAUCCAUAAGAUGACACGUGAGCUUUGUACCGUGGCGCGUGCCUCUAGAUCAACCAUGGAGUCCAAAUUGCAGGAAAAGGACCAAGAAAUUGCACGACUUAAUGAGAAGAUUACUGCCUUACAUGAUGAUUAUAUGCGUUUGAAGAAUGACCCCAAUAUUCCGCAGCAGACCGCGCUCGGGAUCGAGUCCCGGGAGAAGUACCUCCGGAUGAUCGCAGACACGGAGCAGCAGAAUCACGUCUACCGGAAGCUCAUCCAGGACCAGCAGGCGCAGAUCGGCAUGCUGGUCGCGCAGCUGGGGGCGGCCGAGAGCCAGGCGCAAGCCCUCGCUGCUGACGGGCUUCGGGGGUCGGCAACCUGGGCCCCCAGCGAGGCGCAGCCAGCUCUGGGGCCGUUCCCGCAGUGCCCGCCCCAGUCCUCUGCCCGCAGCCCUCUGGAUGCCCGUCUGCAGGACGUCGAGAUCCUCGAGCGGGAGCAGAUGGCGGCACAAAGCGGCGCAAAGGCAGCCUCUGACCGUCCCUGGACACCACCGAGCGCAGAGGGCUGUGCGCGGCCCGCAAGCUCAUACUCAUAA